UGAAGGAGAAAGUGAUAAACCCAAGACAUCUGCUGACGCGACUUUAUUGGAUGUCUCACCAAAGCCACCAGAAGUUCUUCUUGAGAGUGACGACGAAACGCAAACAACAGAGAUAAUUACACAUGACAGCUACGCAAGCUUGGAAGAGCGCCGUAAGCAGGAGCAUAAUGCACUGGAGAAGAAUCACGAAAAGAUCGUCACCAUUAGUCGACAUAAGAUCACUGAAUAAAUGAGCGUUUACGAAGAUCCAGAGGUUUCUAAACAAAAGCUUGUAGUCAUUUUUGACGAAGACUCUGGAAGUGGUGAUGGAGUGGUUCGCGAAAUGUUCUCCCUGUUUUGGGAACGUUUUGUAUUGCUAAAUUGUGAAGGAAGCUCCCAAUUCACGAUAUCAGUGUCACCAGCGAUGCGCCCAGACGAUUAUGCCACGGUCGGGCGAAUUUUGACUCAUGGCUUUUUGCUCUGUGGAAGCUUUCCGGUGCAGUUAGCGAGGGCUUCUCUCCACCAUGCCAUCUUUAGGUCGGUUGACGACGAUUGCCUUUUGGACUCGUUCUUGUUGCUGCUACCUGAGAAAGAACGGGAAACGAUGCUUAUCGGUUUGAACGGGACAAAGCCAUUUCCGUCAGAAGAGAUCAUGGAUAUCUUAGAUGAUUUCAAGGAAACUACCAUGCCCUUGCCUAGUAACCUUCGUAAGUUACUACUGAAAGUAGCCACGGCAGAGUUGAUAACAAAGCCUUUUCUUCCGUUACUAAAGCUACGAGAUGGGAUGGGGGAGUUUUGGAAUGCACUGACCAGAGAGGAGUUAGACUCGCUUUACCAAAUGUGCUGUCCUACCCCAGAGAGAGUUGCAGGUCGACUGAAUGCCACGCCAAGCGAUCCACAAGAGGAAAAAGUGCACAGGUGGGUCAAACGCUACGUCAGAAAUCUGGAUGCAAAAAUGGCAGUGAAGUUCGUUCGUUUCUGUACUGCCUCUGACGUGCUUCUUCCAGAUAAAGGCAUUGUAGUGCGCUUCGAAAACAUGGCGGAAGAAGCUAUUAGGCCAACAGCCCAUACCUGCUUUCGUGCCUUAAAUGUCGCCCGAAAUUAUCGAUCCUUCCAUCACUUGAGGGAUAACUUUGACUUUUACCUCCGAGAUCCAAGGCAUUGGGAUUUCUCGGACUAAAUCACCACA